AUGUACGGAGGACUAAACCAAGACUCGUUUGGAGCUACCUGGGCUCCCGCAGAAUUUGAUCAUCUUGAACAUUCUGAUGGCGGAUUCUUUGAGGAAGAUUUAUCAAAUUUCAUAACGGAAGAUGAUAUUAAUAAACCAAACACUGAAGUUAACCUUAGAAAAACUUUCAUGCCUUUAAAAAUCAAUAUGAUAUAUUCCUCUUGGAAAACCGGCGGGGUGUCGAUUAACGUAUACGGGUACCAGUUGGACAUAAUAAAGUUGAUUGGGUAUGUUAAAGAGGCCAAGGAGACUGAUCAAGACACUUCGUUCCUGAUAGACGACGGGACUGGCACUAUAGAGUGCAUUCACCUAUCGCCCGGUGACAUCAGUGAUUGGAAGCGUAACUACAUCAGCGAACUAACAAGAACUAAAUCUGCAGUCAAGAUCUAUGGCGGUUUUAACCCUCUUUACAGCAGCAGCAGCCCAACCAUAAUCAUAUACUCAAUAAAAGAAGUUACUUCUCCUGAAGAGAUAAAAUUGCAUAAUUUAGACAUUGACGGAAAACGCAACCCAAAUGUUAUGGAUACGAUAGGCGAAAUGGAUUCAAUCUUAAAGGAGUUCGAUAUUUCAAUUCCUAAACAACAACCAGAUAAUUCUCUUGAUAAUAUUCUAUCUACCACUACUGACUAUAGUCCUACAUCUACCGCCAAAAUACCAGUGAAUGAAUUGGCUUUGACUAAAUUUAUAUCAUCAAUGUUGGCAAAUGAAUCAAGAAACAACAAUUACAAUGGCCUACACAUCUCUGAAAUAACAAGAAGAUGCAGACAACAACAUUCAUUUCAAUCUGUACAAGAACAAAAUAUUCGAAAGAUUCUCAAGGAUCUGGAGCGGGACGCUACUGUUUUCCAAACUCUCGACUCAAACACCUACGCCUCUACAGAUUCAUAG